CAAGAAACAGCACGUAGACAAGACCGACCACCUACCGAUUCCGAUUUCCAGCCUCUUCAGCUUGCCAUCAGCUCCGUAAUCCAUUCUCGGCCCUGUUCUAUCCACACUAUACCCGAAGCAAACGACUGAAGGAUCUCUCUUCACCGUUUACAUACCAGCCCACCCAUCAGCAAAUUUCCACCUCGACCUCAGAUCGGAAUUGGAAUAUAUGUAUGGCACAAGGCAGAAACUGAUAUGAGCGGGGAUCAGCUGGCUUGCAGCAGCUUUGGUGACCAAACCGCUCAGCCGUCUACACCUACCCGAACCCCGAACUCCAACACCUCGUCGAGCCCCCUCUUACACACGCCCAAGGACGACAGGAACUACGCUGAAGAUACGGCGGGCUGGACUCCUGGGUUUGCCAAGGAGUAUUCCGUCUUCAUAAACACACCAGGAUACUCUAGAGAAGCAGAAGGUCUGUCCGAAGAACUUGGCUCAAAGAAACCGGCCUUCAUUUUGUCUGGCCAGAAGGCGUCGCUGUCAAGGGACCGGCUUCCUGCGGGGCUGACUGCUGCUUCUGCGAACCCCUCCUCCUCUCCAGAUUCGGCACAGCUAUCACCUUCGGUAGAGUCUUUGGUUGGUUUAAGCCUGCCCCGAGAGCCAUUGGUCCUAUCGAGCUUCAACAGUUUGGCGUUCUCGAACCAGCUGCCUCACCCUACACAAACCAGAUCGGUUCAGAAGAUAUCACCCGAUACCGCUGAUCCACACCCAGCCCAGAUUAUAACACCUCCACCUUCACGUCACAAAGGCCAGCGCAAGCUUGCCGGUCGGCUUGACGCCAGCGUUAUGCACAAUGAUCAGGACUUUGUCCAGCAAGAAUACCUGGAGACAUCCCAUCAACUAGACAUGGGCAGCUAUAUGACGAACCAAGGCGAUAUGUUUAACUUCCAGCUUUCCGGAACCACGACAGGCGAUUUUGCAAACCCACAACCCUUCUGGGAGACGGAUCCUAGCUUGGAGGUGAUGGAUAUCGAUUUCAAUGGAGCAAGCAGCAGCCUGUUUCGACAGGAGCCGCACCCACCGUCCAGACCUAUGAACUCACUGAACUGGGAAACUUCAGCCCCCAACCACUUUAUUCCGGAGAAUGUACUGGUCAAUGGAGGUCGGGUUGUGUCAAGUGGUGGAAAUGAACAUGUCAUGGUGUCUCAAGCGCCCAUGCAGGCCCUGAUGACCUCGUCAGCGGAUCAAAUCAUGUAUACUGGUACAUAUGCUACUGCUAUCGAUAACUCCUUUGGGAUAAUCAACACCGGCGUCGACCCGGGCCUCCUCUUCAGUCGGCCGUCGUCUGCUACUAUGGAUGCCUCCUUUGACGCCGUGGCACAAGGGUCGUCGCGAGGUCCAUCCCGUCAGAUAUCUCAGGGCGCCCAGUCGGGAAACCAAGGUGCGUCAGUUGCAAAGGUGCCAUUACGCGGUGAGCUACGUCGCUCAGCCAGUGAAAGGGAAAUGGAGCCCCGAAAGAAGGACAAAGUACGAGCAACCUCUCCUGUCAAGCCCAUCGGCCGUCCCGGGCUUGGGAGGAGUCUCAGUGAGAAUAGAGGCAAGAGACCAGGCAGUCGAGCCAUCUUGCCAGUGCUAGCACCGGCUCCACGUUCACAGUCUCAGUUAUCCAACAGUUCUGGCUUGGGCAUUAGUCGCCCUAUUCUCUCACAGCCCGAAACGGCGGGCCCGCGGACAAGGACCCAGGCGAAGUUCACCAUCGACGAGAACGGUCGGGCCCGUGUAGAGACGACGCUGGUCGUUGAACGCGACAACCCUAUGACCGUUCGUAAGCGGACUAGUUCGCAAUCAGUAGGUGGCUGUCGCCGCUGGUGUUCGGAAGACGACGAGGAGUCGUCAGCAGACGAUGAGCCGAUUAUCAUCCCCAGCAGAAACACUUCGUUUUCUAUACCGGACCCCCGCAAAUCGAGGACCGCUGUUAAUUCUUCCAGCCACUCACAGCCAAACUUCAGUUUCAGUGCGCAAAGUACAACAUCGUUGGGUUCUUUCCGAUCUGACGGCGGGUUGCACGAUCUGGGCGACGAAAGCGAUGAAGAAAUUCUCUUCAGCGAGAUGACCCCGACCAGCAAGAUGUCAGGCAAUGCCGUCAAUGAGCUCCUCAAGCUGCGAGAAGAUCGGAUGAGGCAAAAGCCUUCGCCCUCGAUAAUGAGACGGCUGACGUCCAGCAGCCACAGCAAUAGCACCGGAACGAGUGUGAGCAUGAACUUUGCCAGCCGCUUCACAGCAUCGCCCACGGCACUGACUGAGGCGAGUUUACCUACGCCCUCGUCGUCCAAUGCAACUGCUAGCGUCACCAAGAUGCGUGCCGUGCGUUGUAUUUGCAAAAGGCCUGAUCUCGACCCAGGAAAUGCCUUUAUGGUUCAGUGCGAAUCGUGCGAGAUGUGGCUACACGGUAGAUGCGUGAAGAUUACUUCGCAACGGGCAAUGCCGUCCAUCUAUAUAUGCGCAUACUGUGCGAACUUGAAGACGACGACAUUCCCCAUACAAGGCAGUGGCGGCGGCAAUGGAGUUUAUAGCAGCUCGUCACGGACUGUGAGACAAUCCGCAGUCGUUGGGAAGGGGACACCAGGAGUAGGGACGACGAUAAGGCCUACUUCAGGGUCGUCAUUGGGGUCACCGCUGGCACAUAAGUCGUCUUUCAAGUCAUUUCGAUGAAGAAGCUGUCUCAAAUAUAUGGACUGCGGAAGGGAAACGGCAUGACGUGCAUGAAAAGCAGUACAUUAAGCGAAAAAAUAUACUGGAAAAGAUGGAAAUAGGAAAGGAGCGAAAAGGUUUACUUUUGAUUAUCGAGAGCAGGUAACGCGACAGACAGCUAGCCAUUCCGGAGAAGAACGAGCACGGAGCAGAAAUGCACAAUGAUACCCGAGUCACCUGGAGCGGAUAAUGCUUAUUUGUUGAUGGUCAUGUAUGCCAAAAUUUGAUGUCGAUGUAAUGCUGCAG